AAGUGGCUGCGCGGCCCAGGUUUUUGUCCGCUUUACCAGGGAGCUAUUUCGGUGACCUGUGUGACUUGGACCCCUCUUUGCUUGCGCUUGUGUUGGUUGGUGUUGGUGUGCUGUUUUGUUUGUUUGUUUCUUGUUCUAUUUGUUUUUUUCUUUUCCCCAUUUUGUUUUAGUUUGUUUUUUUCCUCCUAUUUCUUUUUUGGCCCAGUGUGUCUUUUUUUGCAGUUUUUUUUCUUUUUGGCUUCCCCCAUCUUUAGCUAGACAGUGCUGCUAGAUCUCUGAGUGUUAGUGUAGCUAUUUAGUGUUUGUUUUUUUGGAGUUUUUCUGGUUUUUGUUUUCUGUUUUGGUUAGAUAGGACUUAGUCUUGCCACUGUGUGUGAUUAGUGUAGUUAGUAUAGCUAGUGUGCCACUAUAGUCAGAUCAGCAGGUAGUCCCCUUGUUGUCCCUUUAUUUUCUUAGUUAUUGUAGUUAGGGUAGCUCCUUAGUUAGCGUCUAUGGACAGGAAUAUUAGCCAGAGCAGAGCAGAGAGUGUAGUUAGGGACACCAGCCUGGAAGGCCGUGAGGACCUGGAUGUCGACACCAGCCGUCAGCUUGAUCUCCAGUUUCUGUCGGCCCUGGGCAGGGGCAGCUUCAGCAGGGUGCUGCUGGCCUGCCAGCCGUCCAGCCAGCGGCUGGUGGCCGUGAAGCUGUUCAAGGAAGACGAGAGGGACCCUUUCGGCGCCAGGCGAGUGAUGCAAGAGGCCAGCAUCAUGCAGCUCCUGAGCUACGAGAACAUCAUCAAGCUGCUGGAGGUGGGUUGCGUCGGCCAACACCACUGCCUGGUGUUGGAGCUGGCGCAAAGGGGCAGCCUCCACCAGUACGUGAUGAGCCGGGGUGGCCUGCCAGAGCCCGAGGCCAUGGUUAUAUUUGAUCAGAUCCUGGCGGCCGUGGGCCACUGCCAUGAGCAGCGCGUGGCCCACAGGGACCUCAAGCUGAAAAACCUACUGCUGGACUCAGACAUGAAUGUCAAGCUGGUGGACUUUGGGCUCAGCUGGCAGCUGCCCGAGGGCGAGCUGGUGUCCGGCUUCUGCGGGACCCCAAAGUACAGCGCCCCCGAGGUGUUCCGGCAGGAGCCGUAUGAUCCAUUCGCAGCAGACCUUUGGAGCCUGGGGGUCAUCCUCUUUGCCAUGCUGGCGGGGGCCAUGCCCUUCACAGGGAAGGACCGGGAGGAGCUGCGGGACUGCAUCCAGAAGGGGAGCUACGAGCUCCCGUGUGCGGCUAGCCCAGCCCUGGAGGAGCUCCUGAGCUCACUCCUCAGCCCAGACCCCUGCGACAGGCCUACAGCGGAAUCUGCCCACCAGCAAUGGUGGUUUGACCCCUUACGAGAGGAAGCUGAGGGCGAGGAGCUGACCGUGGUGCAGCCCCUGGGGGUUCCCGAGGACCCAGAGGCCCAGGAGUACCUGGCGGGCCUGGGUCUGCUUCCGGACGCUGGAGCCUCGGUGCCAUCUGGUCCUGGAGGAUCCAGCCGGAUGUCCCUGCAGCCGGACUCCCGGAGCCUGGAGCAGGGACACAGGGAGCCCGAGCCUGAGCUGGGGUCUGAGUCCGAGGCGGAGUCGGAUUCAGAGCUGGUGCUGGAGCUGGAGCCCAUGCCCGAGCUGGAGUUGGAUCUGGAGUCGGAGUCAGAGUUGGAACCUGAGCCGGAGCCUGCCGUUGCUGCCCCCGUGCUGGCCGUUUCCCUCCCUGGACAGCUGCGGGAGAGGAGCUCUGGUGCCAGCCCAGCCCCCGAGCCCGUCCCUGUGGUCGUCCCUUCCACCCCCAGCCCCAGGAGCAGACUGCACCUGGUGGUGCCAGAGGUCCCAGCAGCUGAGCCUCAGGAGCCUGGGACCUCAGCAGCUGCCUCUGUCCCGAGCAAGGGCCGGCAGGGGCUGGGCAGGAGGAUUGGCAGGAGCAUCCUCAGAUUCCUCCUGCGUGCCUGCUGCCUGCCGGCCCCAACCCCUAGCCCUGGCUCCCGCAGCCGAAAGGUGGCCCCCCGCUAGCCUACCUCAGAGCACAUCAAGAACAGGGGUCGAAAGCGGGGCCUCCUGAAGCUUUUUCAUUUGCUUGAGAGUUUUCUACGCUUCUCAUGAAUAAAAAUCUGAACUGU